AUGGAGAAUCACGGUGGUGGCACCAUGCUCGGAAAAGUAGCAGUGGUUUCGGUUAUCAGCAUCACGGCCACUUUGGUGAUGCAUGUUCGGGACCCAUCCGACACGGUCCUUGGAGUCGGCUACCCUGAACUGUGGAGGAGAACGGGGCUCGCUGGCGCCCCAGCGAGAGCCGCAUCCUGCAUCUUGGCAGGAGUGUUGCUGCUCACGCUUGGAUGGCUGUACCGGCUGCUUUUCGCUCCUCUGGAGCUACUACGCUCGGCCGACGAGGUGGGCUACAUCGCCGAAGACGGACGCUCUCGCGCUCAAGCCGCAAAUGAAGUGAGGCGCCGGCGGAAGACGGGAGAGCUGCCGCCCGUUUAUCCAAACGGAUGGUAUCGCGUGCUGGACUCGCACAUGCUAGACAGAGGAGAUGUCAAAAACGUGGCAGUGCUUGGAGAGCAGGUUGCUGUGUUUCGGGGUCUGGAUGGGAAAGCCUACGUGGUGGACGCCUACUGCCCCCACUUGGGUGCCAACUUGGCAGUGGGCGGCAGAGUGGUGGGCGGAUGCAUCGAGUGCCCCUUCCACGGGUGGCAGUUUCGGGGAGAGGAUGGCAAGUGCGUUCGGAUCCCUUACGCUGAGAAAGUGCCAGAGUUUGCCAAGGUGCGCUGUUGGCCCAGCAGUGAGAUCAACGGUCAGAUCCUGGUGUGGUUCCACUGUGACGGGGAGGCGCCCAGCUGGACGGUGCCCGAGCAGAGGGAGAUCAAGCGAGGGGAGUGGGUCUACCGUGGACGUACUGAGCACUUCAUCAACGCACACAUAGAGGAGAUCCCAGAGAAUGCAGCAGACAUCGCCCACCUGGCUCACUUGCACACCCCGGGCAUUGUCAGCGGAGUGGACCUGCGCUACACCAACAGCAAAACAUGGGAGUUUGUGCGCCAUGAUUGGAAGGUGGAGUGGAGUCCAGAGUCUGAGCCCAACAAGCACUGCUCUCAGAUGCUGGUCAAACACGCCCUCACCGUCUUUGGACGACGGUGGCCACUGCUGGACUUGGAUGUGGUGGCGAGACAGGUGGGCCCAGGCAUUGUGUUCCUGGUCUUUGACCACAGUUUCCUGGGGCGUGGGGUCAUCCUGCACUGUGUCACCCCCGUGGAGCCUCUGCUGCAGUGUGUCUCCCACACCAUCUUCUACCAGAGCUGCAUCCCUCCCCUGGUCCCCAAGUUCAUACUACGGGCUGAGUGUAUUCAGUUUGAGCGUGACGUAAUGAUCUGGAACAACAAGAAGUAUAUCUCCAAACCACUGCUGGUGAAAGAGGACUCCGCUAUACAGAAACAUCGCCGGUGGUUCAGUCAGUUUUACAGUGAGAACAGCCCCAGAUUACGAUACCAGCAUGACACCCUGGACUUCUGACUAAACGCACUCUGGAGGUACAUGUUUGUUUACCUCUAUUUUACCUAGGUAAUCCUAAAAGAUGUCUUAGGCCUUCAGAGUCUCCUCUACUGGUUGUGCCUAAGGUAAAAUCCACAGGGUGAAAUGGUGUUUAGCCAUUAUGCUGUCAAAUGCUGGAAUCAG